AUGGGGGAGGACACCUCCAUGUCGGACUACACGUGCUCGGAGGACGAGGGCGCCUCAGGGCGCCGGCUGGGAGCCGCGGGCGCCGCAUGCACCGAGGACGCCGCAAGGCAAAACAAGGGAGGUAAGCCGCGGUCAGCGGGCAUGACAUUAAGGUUCCGAACGGGAACGACCCAUAAACGGCCGUUGGCCGCUACAUCAGCGGAUGAGGACGCCCCGGCCGUGGCGCAUAAAGUGGCCUCCUCUUCGACGAGGGGCCGCGUUAGGCGCCCAGUAGGGGUGUACAGCUUCCUCAAGGAGGCAAAAGACUACCUGGCUGAUGGGGGGGAUAGUGAGGGGGAGGACCCCGACCCAACCUACCGUCCAAGCGGUAGGAAGACGAGCCCCGUAGUGGCCUCUGCAAAAGCCUCUGACGACGGGACCCCCGACGCCCUAUCCAGGGGCACGGUCGAGGCCCUCGCCGAGGAGGCUCUCAAAAGUGUAGAAAAGAUUAAGGAGGAGAUUAAGAAGAGUAGCCACCUAAAGGGGCCUCCGCGAGAUGAAGAGCAGCGCAGGCUCCGCGCGGACAAUGCUCGCCUUUCAAGGGAGCUGGAUAUUGUCCGCAAUGAGCUGCGUGCCUUCAAGCAGGCGUACGUCGAGUCGCAGCGGAAGUCCGCUGCAGCCCCGAAAGAGGCCACAGGGCCACAGCAGCCCAACUUUGAGGAGGUGCUAAGAUACGCUAUGGAGGAAAUGAAGGGGCAACUCCUGCAGUCGGUAGGCGGGAUGAUCAAUGCCCGCCUACAAGACCUGGAGAUGCGCCUUCCUCCGGAGCCCGUCAUGAGGCCCCCCCUGCGUGCCGACCAACGGCAGCCGCCGCCGCCCCGUCACAAGUCCCGGUCGGGGCUCGUGGAGGGCGCCAUGGAGGUGGAUGGGGAAGCCCAGCCAUCCCCGGCGCCCACACCUAGGGCGGUAAAGAAGGCGCCGAAGAAGGGCGCUGCAAAGCGGCCGACUGCCCCCCCGCCACCUCCUCCCUCCAAGGGAAAACAGGGGGCAGGACAGGCAGACGCGACCCCUCCCCCCCCAACCGCUGGAACAAGUGGAGAGGGGGAAGCCCAGACGGGGACUGUGGGCAACUCCUGGUCUGAGGUUGUCCGGCGGAAGAAGAGGGGAAAUGCCGCUGUCGCUGCUUAUUCCCCCCCCUCAGCCGGAACAACCCGGCAGAUCGCCCCGGCCCCACCAAAGGCCGUUAAAAUCGUGGCCCCAAAAACCGCGGCCAUAGUGGUGACCCUCAAGAAAGGGGCCACCAUGACCAAUGCGGAAGGGGCCACGACUGACGCGAAGUACACCGAGGUCCUGGCAAAGGCCAGGUCCUCGAUAUCCCUGAGGGAAUUCGGUUUGGAGUCGGUCAAGAUCCGAACGAGCAUGACCGGCUCCAAACUGAUGGAGGUCGGGGGGACCUCCCCCGAGGAAACUGCUGACCGCCUUGCCGCCGCCCUGGUGGAGGCAGUAGGCAGCUGGGCGGACAUCACCCGCCCUACCAAAAUGGCCGUCCUCAGGAUCACCGGUCUGGAUGACACGGUGACCACUGAGGAAGUGGCGGCCCAACUGGCAUCGGUCGGCGGAUGUCCCCCCGGCUCCAUGAAAGUAGGCAACAUCAGGCCGAGCUUCUGGGGCGGCGGCUCCGCCCUGAUCAAGUGCCCAGCGACUGCUGCUAAAGCAAUCGUGAAGGCGGGACGAGUGGCCAUCGGAUGGACGAUGGCCACCGUCAAAGCAGUGGAGGCCCAGCCAUUGCGAUGCUAUAAAUGCAUGAUGCUGGGCCACACUCGCGCUCUAUGCCCAGCGGAGGCAGAGAACGGGCGUCUCUGCUUCCGCUGCGGCAGUGAAGGGCACAAGUCGGCAGAGUGCGAGGCCCCCUGCAAAUGCACCGUGUGUGCAACGACGGGGCGCCCACACUCACAUGUGAUGGGGGGUGCCAAGUGCACACCCCCGUCGGUGAAGGGCAAAGCCCCGUCGUCGAGCAGAGUGCCUCGCACUCAGCCCCAACCGCACGGCAGCCGAAUGGCUGAGGAGGAAGAAAUGCAGGUAUCUUAA